AUGAAUUCGGCAACGGUCACCAGCCUGGACACAGGCAGCCACGGCCGCUUGUCCGCGCGCAUCGCCGGUACCAAUGGCUCGAUCCCCGAGUCUGCCCAGAACAUUGGCAGAAUUGACGGUGUCGCAGGCAAUGGCUUCGAGCCGAAGCGUGGCGAGGCCAAACAGGAGGGGACCGCCGAUGAUGCAACCAUCGAACUCCGCAAGGCAUUUCAGCGAAAAUAUCGCCAUAUUGCCGCGAUGCACUCAAAAACACAACCGUCGUGUCUGAGCCAUGAUUCCAUGUCCUCGCCCAGCUUCUUGGGGUUCCGGAAUCUGAUGGUGAUUGUUCUCGUGGCUGGCAACCUGCGUCUCAUGAUCGAGAACAUACAGAAGUAUGGUGUUCUCAUCUGCGUCAAAUGUCAUGAUUUCCGCCGACAAGAUGUCAUGCUCGGCUUGGGGCUCUACCUCGCCAUCCCCGGCUUUCUCUUUGCCGCUUACUGCAUCGAGUGGCUCGCCGCACAGAAAGCCGAAGUAACUCGCAACAAGACUGUCAAAAGGACCGGCACCACGAGUCCCACAGAGGAUGAGUACCAGAAGUUCUUGUCGACCUGGAAGAUCAUUGCCCUCGCGCACGCCAUCAACGUCACGGCCGCCUUGGUCAUCACCACCUACUGUGUCUACUACUACAUCCACCACCCUCUUAUCGGAACGCUGACGGAGAUGCACGCCGUCAUCGUCUGGCUCAAGACCGCCUCGUACGCCUUUACGAACCGAGAUCUUCGACAUGCGUACCUCCACCCGGUCAAGGGUGAGCUCGAGGCGCUGCCCGAGAUCUACGCGCAGUGCCCCUACCCCAAGAACGUCACGAUGAGCAACCUGUGCUACUUCUGGUGGGCCCCGACUCUGGUGUACCAGCCCGCCUACCCCCGGACCGACAGGAUCAGGUGGAUCUUUGUCAUCAAGCGCCUCGCCGAGGUCUUCUGCCUGAGCGUCUUCAUCUGGUUCGCCAGCGCCCAGUACGCGGCGCCCGUGCUGCAGAACUCGCUCGACAAGAUCGCCUCCCGCAACUACGCCGCCCUGGUCGAGCGCGUCCUCAAGCUGUCGACCAUCUCGCUCGUCAUCUGGCUGGCCGGCUUCUUCGCCCUGUUCCAGUCCUUCCUCAACGCCCUCGCCGAGGUCACCCGCUUCGGCGACCGCGCCUUCUACGACGACUGGUGGAACAGCGAGAGCCUGGGCACGUACUGGCGCACGUGGAACAAGCCCGUCUACCAGUUCUUCAAGAGGCACGUCUUCUACCCGCUGCUGGGCAGGGGCUGGCAUCCCGCGGCCGCUAGUGUCAUGGUCUUCUUCAUCUCGGGAGUCUUGCACGAGAUCCUCGUCGGCGUGCCCACGCACAAUAUCAUAGGUGUUGCUUUUUGGGGCAUGUUCCUGCAGCUGUUCCUCAUCGCUCUCACGUCCGGGUUCGAGAAGAAGAAGACGCCGCUAGGGAGGCUCAUUGGCAACUGCACUUUCUGGAUAUCAUUCACGAUCUUUGGCCAGCCGCUAGCAGCGCUGAUUUACUUCUACACCUGGCAGGCCAAGUUUGGGAGUGUGAGCAAGCAGUAUUCCGGCCCAGUCGCUCGUUAG